GGUUAGAGCCAUAAAUAUUUGAAUUCUUCCAAAGAUCAUGGACACAUCAGCGGUCUAUGCUCGCGUUAUUAAAAUUCUUGGCCGCACUGGCUCUCAGGGUCAGUGUACACAGGUCAAAGUGGAGUUCCUGGGCCAGCAAGACCGUCAGAUAAUCCGUAAUGUGAAGGGACCCAUCCGCGUGGGUGACAUUCUCACACUCUUGGAGUCGGAACGUGAGGCCAGAAGGCUUUGCUGGGAGAGCACAACACAGCAGAUGUCUUGGGGUGCUUGAAAUUUCCCGAAUCAUACUUUUGGGCAACAAAUGCGAAGAGUAUAGAGAAGACAUCGGUUAGGUAUGUCUGCCAGCGAGAGAUGAUCGAAUACGAUAAUACAAUAAAAAGACAUUGAUUUAUUCUGCUGAAGAGUUAAA